AUGGCUUCUUUUCUUAAGUUCAAUAUUUCUCCUCGAUUACUAUCACCUAAUCUCCUCCGAGUGUGUCGGAGGAACUACUCUUUAUCUAGUACUGUCUCUUUGGCAUUUGAUCUGCACGAACCGGCCAAAGCCUCGUCCAAUGCUCCCCGAGCCAUCAUCUUCAUGCAUGGUUUAUUCGGAUCCAAGAAGAAUAAUAGGAGCAUUAGUAAGGCUCUCGCAAGAGAUCUAGGAAGGCCUGUCUACGCCGUUGAUCUGCGAAAUCAUGGCGACUCACCACAUCACCCCAAACAUGAUUAUACUGCUAUGGCAGAUGACGUCGCUGGGUUCAUAACCGAGCAUAAACUCACUGGGCCUACACUGAUAGGCCACUCAAUGGGCGCAAAGACCGCAAUGGCUCUGGCGCUCAAAUCGCCAGAAAUGGUCGAGGAUAUAGUAUCCGUGGACAAUGCGCCUAUAGAUGCGGCACUUCUCAGCAACUUCGGGAAAUACAUCCAAGGUAUGAGGAGAAUCGAAGAGGCAGGAGUCUCUAAACAAACCGAAGCGGACAACAUAUUGCAAGACUAUGAAAAAGAGCUCCCUAUCCGCCAAUUUCUCCUCGGAAACCUUAUGCGCGCUGAAGACAAGACGCAGAAAUUCAAGGUCCCUCUUAAGAUCCUAGGAGCUGCAUUGAAUAACCUGGGCGAUUUCCCAUUCAAGGAUCCGGAUUCGAUACACUUCAAUAAACCUACAUUAUUUGUCCGAGGUACGAAAAGCCACUAUGUGCCAGACGAAGCACUUCCUAUAAUAGGGAAAUUCUUCCCUCGAUUUGAACUAGCCGAUAUAGAUGCUGGGCAUUGGUUGAUUUCUGAGAAGCCGGAGGAAUUUAGACAAGCUGUUGUAGAAUUCUUGAAACAAAAGGAAUAG